CAUCGUUCGAUUAUGUUCGACAUGCAGACACUAUAUGCGAGAGUUGCGUCCCAGCCGUCUCGUAUGGCUGAGAGCUCUGCUGAAGAUCAUCCGCUGGGAAUGCAUCCCUCCCCACACCUUCCCCAUCCACUUUAUGUCCGCAAAACAACUGGAGGAUGCUUGUACUCGCCCUCAGAGGAUUUGCCACUUUGCUAAGAAUGCAUCCCGACUCCGGAAUGAAGGCAAGAAUAGGAGAAUAUGUCUCGAACAUCCACCCUUCCAACGAACACGAUUUACACUGGGUGCUCAGAUCCAGGCAGCUGGGAACUCCCCUCCAAUGUCUCUUACACUCACAGGUCGCGCACCCUUCGUUGUGCCGGGGGCUCGCUGGUUGAUAGGGACAGCUAGCAAGGCGGGUCGGUUAUACAUUUUAUGCUGGGAUUUACACACGAAACGAAACGAAACUCAAGAACUCCACGAGAGGCUCGCACAUACAAAACUUCACUCGACCAACAAAUAUUGUUCCAGUUAUUAUGACCCACCUACCCUUCACCCAGUUUCUCACUUGGCUAUGCCAUAUGAGUGUCACCCAUGGAACGUUUUUACUUUUGGGCCGCCGCAAGCUGACGACAAUGGACAGACGGUUAGGUUCUUGUCCCUAUACUGGAACUCUGCUUGCAUGCGAGUGUUCAACGUCAUUGAGCUGUCGUGGCCGAGCAAGGACGAGCCUCCGGUGUUUACAUCCGUCGGAGAAAUAGUGCUUCCGCCCAUAGCCGGAGCUUACAUGCAAUCAGACUUAUUGCUAGAGGGAGACUUCGCUUGUCUUCUCAAGGACCCUCAUCAAUUACUGAUUUGGAAUUGGAGAAGUGAUAUGUGGGCAGUCAUUACAUUCCCAGUAGAUGGACGCGGCAAUAGGAUAAGAUUCGGAAUCGGUCCUUCGAGUCUUUAUAGCCUCUCAUGUUAUGACGGAUUGGCACACAGUGUGCCUAUUCCAGCGCUCGGCACAACGUCCAAACCACCACCCAUUCACCCGUUGCACACAGAACCUACGGCCUUCCCGUUAGAACCACGUAAUUCUUCCCUAACCUCGUCAUUAGAGAUGCGUUACCGCUCUUCGCCGUUAAUGGCUUUCCCUCCGUCGUAUACAUCUCGUGAGUCGCGCCCCUUCGACAUCGCACCUAUAUUCUCUACACAGUGGCUACCGCUUUCCUGCCGGUCCGCAACUCUGGUGGAAGUCAAGAGUACAUCGCAAGGGGAGCUCUUGGUUUUUGACGUGUUCAAGCUUGGAGAAGCGUCUCCCGCUGCUCCGAGCGUAUUUUAUAAAGGCGGAGCUUUCCCGCAAGGAAUUUUGACUUGUGGUACUGAAGAUAUCUUGGUGUCUACUGGUGUCAAACCACUGGAAGGGGGCACGUCAACUCUACGGGUACGGAUCCAUGGGAAAGGUAGUGUAGAUUGCCGCGAACUUGACCUCUACUUGGGCGAUAGUGAAGGAGGCGUGGAGAUAUGUCUGGCCCCAUGUCUGAGAAGUGGGAGUUUCAUUCACUACAGGGACGGCAUCAUCUGCGUAGAGAAGUUCCUCUGAUUAUAAAGCAGACACCAAGUCUUGCCCUCCUAACCAGUUUUGCACACCCAAUAUAUCUUUCGUGGGAGAGCUGCAUCAACUGCGGAUCUGGGGAUAAUAUCUACACCGGAAACCAUUGACGGUGGACGGCGCGGUUUCAAAUACCAUAGAUAUUGGGUUGAGGAAGUUACUAAGGUUUACAUAAACAACAUUGCAAAGUGAUACAUGCCCCAUACACAAUAUCCUACUCUGGGGGACCACGUGGGAGCUCCAAAUCCCCUGGCCCAAAGCUCAAGGGCAAUAAUUUCUCGAACUCAAUCUCAACAACUUUCCCGCUUCCGUCCUCCGGACCGUUUGGACUCUUCUCUUUAUAGUCGCCAGGUACAAGAAGGACCGGCAUCUUUAAAGAGCAAAACUCCCGGAUAACUGGGGUGAGAGAGAAUGG